AUGUCCUUAAAAAUAACUGAACAUUUAAGCAAUACACUUAAAGCAGCUAACUCCCGGACGCCAUCACCUGCCUCGUCGCCCACAAAUUUAGUUGCCAAAUUGCCACAAAUCAUGCAGCAACAUCAUCAUCAACAGCAGGCGACGGCAAUGCAUCAACACCAUCAAGUCACUUCAACGGCUAACACAACAACAAAUACAACAAUGGUGGUAUCGUCGAAAACUCCUUUUUCCAUUGAACACAUUUUUGAUAAAUUAAAAUCAACAACAUCACUGCCUUCCGGAGAAUACACAAAUCAUUCUGCAAAUAAACAUCCAAUAUUAAGUGGACGUCACGAUGCCGAAGAAUAUCAAAGGAUUAUACAAAGAGAAAGAUCUCUCAAAUCAGGAGAACGUCAUGCGGUCGCAACAACCACAGAUUCAAGUACCACGACAACAUCACAUGCAACCACAACACCAGUAGCCGCUUCCAAUACAUCUUCGUUGCAACAGCAGCAACAACAUAACUAUCCAGCAACACCACAGCCGCAUCAUCCACAACCGACGGUCUUGACAACACCGUCAACACACCCUCAUGCACCGCCACCACCACCGCCCAGCAGUGUUUUAUAUCCCAGUGCAGCGUACAGUGAUCAUGGAUUUCUACAAAUGACCUUGGGUUAUUUGUCACCCUCAUCGGGUGCAUACAAAUCGGUGGAUCCCUAUUUUCUGUCACAAGCUGGUCUCUUUGGUGGUGGCCACUUAUUUGCCGGCGGCUGCAUGCCUGAAUUGGCCCUUGGUCUGGGCAUGGGUGUUAACGCUUUGCGCCAUUGCCGCAGACGUAAGGCGCGCACCGUUUUCAGUGACCCUCAACUUUCGGGUUUGGAAAAACGUUUUGAGGCGCAACGUUAUUUAUCGACACCCGAACGUGUUGAAUUGGCCACAUCGUUGGGUUUGAGUGAAACCCAAGUGAAAACUUGGUUUCAAAAUCGUCGCAUGAAACACAAAAAACAGCUUCGACGAAGGGAUGUCCUAAAUGAACCAGUUGACUUCUCACGUUCAGAUGGAGCUGGCAGCAAUGCAAAUGGUGGCAGUGGUGGUAAUGGCAAUAAUAAAAAUGGCCCCUUAACGUCAUCCGGCUCAUCGUCAGCAUCUUCGGUCUCAUCACAAAUUUCAUUGAGCAAUGGUGGCGGCGGCACUACAACAAAUGGAAAUACAGCCAACGGGCUAAGUGAAGCAGCCAAGGCAGCAUUACACUCGAGUAACCCAUCAUCCGGCACACAACAUAAUCAUCUUGCACAACAGCAGCAGCAUCAUCACCACCACCCCCAACUACCGCACUCACAUCCCCAUCACGCCAGUCAUCAUCAGUUACAAAUGUUGCGCAGUAUAUCCUCCAAUGGCCAUGUUAUGACAGACGGCAAUGGUGCACUUGGUGGCGGUGGUGCGGGUGGUGGUAUCGGGUUUAUUCACAAUGACUAUUCCACUGAUGAUUAUUCCGAUUUAGAAGAUGAAGAUAUGGACGAUGAUGGCGAAGGCAGUGAUGUCGAUAUUGUUGGUGAUAGUAAAUCUCUAUAUCAUUUAACGUAAUAUUUAGGAGGUAG